AGCAACCUCCCGUUAGAUACUACAUACAACAUCAGUCGUAUAGCUAGCCCAUCAUGCCAGUGCCAGAUACAGUACCAACAAAUAACCACGAGGAGGAUGACGAGGACAUCGAUUACACCGAGAUCGAGGAGAGGUAUCAGCUCGAUAUGCUCUCCGGACUCGACAACAUCCUUGUCGUCGACAACGUCCCCAUCGUCAACGCCGACAGGCGUCAAAAGCUGAUCGAACGUCUCCGUCAGGCGUUCGCCAAGGCCGGCGCACCGUUGAGCGGAAAGCAGAGGGAGGACGAGAGCUAUGAUGACAUGGAGAUGCCUUGGGACAACGAGGCCGAUAGCAACAAGGGUUUCCUCUUCCUCACCUACCCCUCUGCCGCUGAAGCCACCGCCGCCCUUCGAAACCUCGACCAAACCCUUUUCGGUAAGAACCGACUGCACGUCAACAAGUUUGGCGACAUCGAGCGAUACGCGUCAUUGCCCAUCGAGGAGGGCAGCACCCCGCGAGGUUGGGUCGAGGAUAGCGAGAUUGAGCCGCAGGAGCACUUGAAGUCUUGGUUGGCCGAUCCUCAGGGACGGGACCAGUACCUGACUUACCGAGGAGAGUCGGUCGAUCUCAACUGGAUCGGACGGGGAGGUUCGUCGGAGCCGGCUGUUCAGGCCGAGCCUCGAUGGGGAGAGCUUUACGUCUCGUGGUCGCCCCAGGGAACUUACCUGACUACCCUCCACCGAAUCGGUGUCGCCCUUUGGUCCGGCAAGUCGUUCAAAAACACCGUCUCCCACCGAUUCACCCACCCGGGUGUCAAGCUCUUUGACUUCUCUCCCUGCGAACAAUACCUCGUGACCUGGUCCCCCGACUCGAUCGUCCCCAAGCCUCCCAAGGACGAGAACGCUCCUCAGGACCCUCGACAGUUUGGACCGGAAGACGAGGGUAACCAGAUCGCCGUCUGGGAGAUCAAGACCGGACUCUUGCUUCGAACUUUCCCUGGUGAAAAGCCCGUGCAACCGGCCCCUGUCCCCGCCGGAACCAAGCCCGAGGACAUGCCCGCCCCGAGAAAGCUCUCGUGGCCGUUGCUCCGUUGGUCCCCAGAUGACAAGUAUGUUGCGAGGUGUCACCUCGGAACUCAGAUCUCGGUGUACGAACUCCCUUCGAUGGGUCUCUUGGAGAAGAAGUCGAUCAAGAUCGAUGGGGUUUUGGACUUCGAGUGGUGUCCCGACAGGGAGCUGGGAGCGAGCAAGGAGAACAUGUUUGCCUACUGGACCCCCGAAGCGGCCAACCAGCCGGCUAGGGUUACCUUGAUGGCGAUUCCUAGCAGGAACGUUCUGAGGUCAAAGAACCUGUUCAACGUCAACGACUGCAAGCUUCACUGGCAAGACCAGGGUACUUACCUCUGUGUCAAGGUCGACCGAGUCAAGAGCAAGAGGAGCACAUUCUCCAACUUUGAGCUGUUUAGGGUCAAGGAGAAGAACUACCCCGUUGAGACCAUCGAGUUGAAGGAGACCUGCACACAGUUCGCUUGGGAGCCUUCAGGCAACCGAUUUGCCGCCAUCACCUGUGCCGACCCCAACCCGGCUCACAUGGCUCCUGGUGUUGUGCUCAAGACUGCUAUCGCUUUCUACUACCUCGAUCCCAAGAAGGGCGAUUUCAAGCUGAUGCGUGAGCUCGAAAACAAGACCGCCAACACCCUCGCAUGGGCACCCAAGGGCCGAUUCAUCGCCUUGGCCACCUGCGGCUCGGCUGUCAAGUACGACAUCGAGUUCUGGGACCUCGACUUCACCAUCGAUGACACCAUCAACAAGCGAGACGCCGCCGACCCUGGUAGCAACAUGCAACUGUUGUCUACCGGAGAGCACUUUGGAAUGACCGAUGUCGCUUGGGAUCCUUCAGGCAGGUACCUCGCCUCGAGCGCCAGUGCCUUUAGGCAGUCUCCCGAGACCGGUUACUCUAUCUGGGACUUCAAGGGUCAGGACCUGCAAAAGCAGCCUCUCGACAAGUUCAAGCAAUUCGUAUGGAGGCCCCGACCGGCUACUAUGCUACCAAAAGAAGACCAAAAGCGAGUCAGGAAGAACCUGCGAGAAUUCAGCAAGCUGUUCGACGAGGAGGACGCUGCCGAGGAGAGCAACGUCUCUGCCGACCUGUUGGCUCACAGGAAGAGGCUCAUCGACGAAUGGAACGCUUGGCGAUCGAAGCGUGUCAAGGAGCUCGUUGCCGAGAGGAAGAAGGCUGGCGAGGACCAGGUCGAGAGCAAGGUCGAGGACGAGGGCCUGGAGACUGUCGAAGAGGUCGUCGAGGAUAUUUUGGAGGAGACCGAAGAGGUUGUCGCUUAGGUGUAGAUGGGGCGCAGUGCGGCAGUCUUUCUUUGACCUUUGUAUUUCGUUGGAUAUAAGCAAGCCACCCCGAGGGAUACAUGACGUACGCAUCGAAA